CUGGCGCUCCCGCGCAUGCGCCCCCGCGGGCCCGUCUCGCGCCUGCGCCGUGGCGCCAGUGAGGCGGGGGCCGUGGCGGCCGGCGGCAAAAUGGCGGCGGCGGCGGCGCUGGCAGCGGAUGGCGCCUCAGGGGCGCUGCCGCCCGGCAGUCCCUCGGCGGCGGGCGGCGCGGCGGCGGGGCCCGGCUCCUGGAGCCGCUCCUUGGACCGCGCCCUGGAGGAGGCGGCGGCCAGCGGGGCGCUCAGCCUGAGCGGCAGGAAGCUGCGGGACUACCCGCGGGGCAGCGCCGCUAAUCACGACCUCAGCGACACCACCCAGGCCGAUUUGUCACGGAACAGACUCUCCGAGCUUCCAGCUGAAGUUUGUCACUUUGUUUCCCUGGAGAGCCUUAAUUUUUACCAGAACUGCAUUCGUUACAUCCCCGAGGCCAUAUUGAAUCUGCAGUCCUUGACGUUUCUAAAUAUCAGUCGAAACCAGCUCUCCACCUUGCCAGUACACUUGUGUAGUCUACCAUUGAAAGUUUUGAUAGCAAGUAAUAAUAAACUGGUCUCACUGCCUGAAGAAAUUGGACAGCUUAGACACUUAACAGAGCUUGAUGUGAGCUGUAACGAAAUACAGAUGAUACCUCCCCAGAUUGGCAAUCUGGAAUCCUUGCGGGACCUGAAUGUUAGAAGAAAUCAUUUGCUGCGGUUACCUGAAGAGCUUGCAGAACUGCCUUUGAUUCGGUUAGAUUUUUCCUGCAAUAAAAUAACCACAAUCCCUGUUUGUUACCGGAACCUCAGGCAUCUUCAGACAAUUACACUAGAUAACAACCCUCUACAGUCACCCCCUGCACAGAUAUGUAUAAAAGGAAAAAUCCACAUAUUUAAAUACCUGAACAUAGAAGCAUGUAAGACAGCUCCGGAUUUGCCUGAUUAUGACAGGAGACCUAUGGGAUUUGGCUCUUGUCAUGAGGAGCUGUACUCGGGUCGUCCUUAUGGAGCACUAGAUUCUGGCUUCAAUAGUGUGGACAGCGGAGACAAAAGAUGGUCAGGGAACGAACCUACAGAUGAGUUCUCAGACCUCCCUCUGCGAGUGGCAGAGAUCACUAAAGAGCAGCGGCUGCGGAGAGAAAAUCAAUACCAGGAGAACCGAGGGAGUGCUAUUGUGACUAAUGGUGGAGUGGAACAUGAUCUGGAUCAGAUCGACUAUAUUGAUAGCUGUGCCACCGAAGAGGAGGAGGAAGAGGUGAGGCAACCCAAGUGCAUGGAGUCAGCCAGCCUCAGCUCGCAGUUCAUGGCAUAUAUUGAACAACGGCGAAUCUCUAAUGAGGGCUCACCAGUAAAGCCAGUGCCCAUCAGAGAAUUUCAGAGAGCAGAGGACACAAGGCGAUACUUGCUUCAAAAUAGGGACACUGAUGAAUUACGAAGACCAGAAACACUAAGUUUGUUGCAGGACAGAGAGCGACACCAAGGACUAAGGAGUUACGUGGACAGAGCAGAGAGAGCCCCAGCUGAUUCAUCUUACCAUCUCUGUCUAUCAAACACCCACAAUCAGAUGUCUAACACAGAUGCAGACAUUCACCGAAAGCGAGACCACUUAGUGGAGCGCACUCGGCGAGAGGCCCAGCUCGCAGCACUUCAGUAUGAGGAGGAGAGGAUAAGAACAAAGCAGAUCCAGAGGGAGGCUGUCCUUGACUUUGUCAAACAAAAGGCAUCCCUGAGCCCUCAGAAGCAAAGUCCUCUUGAUAGUGAGUGCCCCUUCCCAUCAAGAAGGUCUCAGCACACUGAUGAUAGUGCCUUGUUAGUGAGUGAUGACAGAUCUGCCAUCUCUCCCGGUUCACCAACAACUCAGACAGUCCACCUUUCCCCUCAGUAUCCUGGCCCUGCUGCUCCUCCUUCCUACAGAAACCCUUCCCAGCGACCUGAGAGUUUCCUUUUCCGACCAGCUGUAAGGGAUGAGACAAACAAAGCCUUGGUCCCUGCUAAUGAUUCGACAGACGCUCGAGCAAGACAGAACGCCAAGCAGCGCGAGAAGGAGCUGGAGUUGAUAGAGCAGCUGCGGAAGAAUAUUGAGUCACGGUUGAAAGUAUCUUUGCCCAGCGAUCUCGGAGCUGCUCUUACUGAUGGCGUUGUUCUCUGCCACCUUGCCAAUCAUGUGCGGCCUCGAUCUGUUCCCAGCAUACAUGUCCCCUCGCCUGCUGUACCCAAACUGACAAUGGCAAAAUGCAGACGAAACGUGGAGAAUUUCCUGGAAGCUUGCAAAAAGAUCGGCGUGCCUCAGGAGCAAUUAUGUUUGCCUCUGCAUAUUUUAGAAGAGAAGGGCUUGGCCCAGGUAGCAGCGACCGUCCAGGCACUUCUGGAGCUCGCGCCCCCCAAGCAGCAGCAUCACCACUUGUCUGCUGUGUAAAGACCUCCAGGACCUUUUGGUUUCCCUUGGCUAAGCGGAAGACGGUGAAGAGGGCACUGCAGAUGCAGUUGUCCACGCACGCAGAGCUCUGUUCUAAGAAGGAAGUUAGUUUCCCCGAUUCCUGACAGGAAUGUUUUGUUUCAUUUCUCCACUUUUUUUGGAGAUUGCACCAGUUUCCAUUUCAUUUUUUACUCCCCUUCCCCUACCCCCUUUUUUUUUUUAACCCCUUAUGAAGGGACGCUGGUUGUGGGGAGGGGAGGCGGGUGGGAAUUCACAUGUCUGGUUGUUGGGAGCUGUGUUGACGCUGACCGUGCGGGUGCUUGAUGCACGGGCGGCUUGAAACACUCCCGGGCUCCUAGCACGAGCAGUUUCCAAAGUGGGGAGGGGGGUGCCGUUUCCAUUGCAGUGUCCCCAUGGAGCUUUGCAGCAGGGUGAGCUGCCACACACCGUUGGACGUAACGAUCGCAGGUUAGAGCUGUUCCCUGCAGCUUCCCCCCAGGGCCCAAGCAUAAAAAGGCAGGCGAUUCCCCGGCCACCCCAGCAGAGAAGAUGCUGCUGGUUCCCUCCACACAGAGCACACGCUGCAGGGGAAGAUGCUACGCCCAAACUGCUCAAAUACCUGCGCUAAGCACGUUAACAUCCAUUAAGUGGUUGUUAGUCCAUCUGUGGCUGGGAACUCAUCCUACACCUGUAGGGAAAUGGCCCCCCUCUCGCAGGAUCAGAGACUCGCUUGGUUCUGCCAGUCCGGCUCCUUGGCUCGGACCUGCUGCCCAAAACAACUGAACGUUUUCCUGCCGCAGAUCGCAAACCUGUUUUCGCUGCAGGGCAGAGAGUUAUUCCCAGCGACCGGCAGAAGUCCAUGGGGAAAUAGCCGUGCACCAGCCAGCCCCCACAAAGACCCGGGAGGAAUGGCUGUGUGAGCAAAGCACCAACGUGUUGUGAAGGGGAACUUCUGUCCGUGCGUUUGCCAACACCUUCAAUAAAGCUCCUGCAGGGCUAGAAACCUUGGCAUAGCUGCUCACACAAAAAGCAGCGAUUCCAACGUGCGAGUGAGAGACCAAAUCUCAGCUUUGCUGCGUGAAAGGGGCCCUAGAGCGCAAAGCCCAGAUCUCCGCACCCUGGGGUCCCCACCAGGCCAGGACCACGUCUUUGUAAAAAUGCAUUUCUCCCCCAUGAAAUCCUCUUGAUGCUCCCUGGCUCACGCGAAGUGUCCCGGAAGGCCACGGUGCUGCUAUCACGGCCUGCCCGGGAGGCUCCUGAUGUCUGUGAUGUCCCAUUACGGGGUAGAUUCAGUGCCCCAGCAAAGCCAAAAGGAUUUGGGGUCAACGAAGGGAAGGGAGGGACAGAAACAGCACUGUUACGAUUAUGGGAACAUUGGGCCCGGCUGGACUUUUUUGCUUUUGAUUUGCAGGUCCCCUUCCCGCUCCCGCCUGGUUUGCAUAAUUGUCCCAAGGUCCCUUGUGGUGGCAGUUGCCUCACUGGCUUCCCAGGACAGCGUGUGGGUGUUGACGCCCCCCAAUCAGAGCACAAAUCUAGGGAAGUGUGAAGGAUAUUUAAACCUAGACUGGCACAGCUGUUGCCAUCCCCUGCUUUGGAUCCUGUGAGAUCAGUGACUUGCAAUGUAGAAAGGAGGCGAGUGACUCCAUAGACAGAGCCGCCCUUUGGAAGGGCCGUAGCUUCCCUGUCGCGGCCCCUUGGUCCUGCUGAAGGCUGCAGGGGACGGGGUGGGCCUUGAAGGAGCAUGUAGAUAAAAAUGGAGACCUUUCACUGAAGUCUGCCACUGUGUACCGAACGGAGGAUACAGAUUUCUGCCACUCACUGCUAUCAACACAGACACAUCUGCCGCACACCAGACGUGCUUUGAAAGGGUGUGUUGGGCUCGUCUGAAUGUCAGUGUUAGAUAUUGUGUGUCACGUGCACUGUUUAAAUAUCACACCCUGCUUUAGGUCACUUAGAUUUAUCCACUGUAAGAAAUCGGUUAGCUUUAAACGUGGGAACAUGAAAGCAUGUAGUUUGUUCCAGCGCAGCUUCUGGGACCCGCGGACAGUCGAGUGGAACGAGAGUCGGGUUGGUGGAAGUUGAACGUUUCGUUAACGUUAGCUCUUAGAAAGCGAUAGGGUUGGAUCCGAGUCCAGUCUUCAACACACGGCCUCUUCUCGCCGCGUAUUGGAAAACCAGGCGCUGCCACAAAGGAUGGGUCGAUGUGGGAGCGGAGCUGUACAGCUGAGUUUUGCUUGUAGGCCUGGUCAGGCUUUAAUGCCCCUACGGUUUUAAAAAACGGUUCAUUUAACCGCUUGGGCCUUGCGUGGGCCCGCUGGCUCGACUCCUUGGUUGCGCUGGCAAGCACUAAACCCUGGGCAGGUGUUUAGGACAAACAUCCAAGCCUGGUUUGUGUAAUGCACUAUACCAAAACCCACGUCCGUUCUCUUCCAUGACGAAAUGGGGUAGGACUCCUUGGUAUGUCUACGUGCAAUUUUUGUUGUAUCCCGUGCAAGGGGUGGUGUAAAGCAAGCGCAGAUGGAAUUUUAUUCUGCGUUAAAGCAAGACUCGGCGGCCUUUCCUUUCUGGGUCGUUUCUGUUGGCAAAAAAAAGAAAAAAAUCCAUUGAAGCAUUUGGUACAUUUCUGUUAGGUCCCGGGUUACCGCCGGGCACCAAACCUCGCAGCUCCGCAGUGCGAGGAGACAGAAAUGAAAGUGGCACUUAGCGGUGCUUGACGGCGUUGAGGUGCCGGGCUCGAGAUGAGAGCGGCUCCGAUUCCUCUGUCCCGGGAGGGAGGGAAGGAGUAGCUGGGACAGCGGCUCUCCUCAGCGGCCUCUCACCCUGUUUCUGUUCCCAGCAGCGAGCGAGGCGCUGCCCAGCAGUUCACCCUUCAAGAGGUUCUUUGAAGGAUUUUAUUUUCAAAGCAGAGGGUUUUAAGUUGAAUUUGGACAUGGGGCAGGGGGAGAAGAAAUAGCGUUGUACAGAUGUUGUGAGGUUUUCCAAACUGAUCUAAUUUUGUUACUUCUGAAAACCUUGUAAACGUGUAAUUAAUAGAGGAAAGGGUUGGUUUUUUAAGCUCCACCCUAUACUUGUAUGUCUGUAAAUACAUUCCAUAAUGUCUAAAACUGUUAAGUAUAAAGUCUAAAUAUUGUGUAUGUUAAAUUGCCUGCCCGCUGCCAGGAGCAUGCACUCGCAGCACGUCGAUAAGGAAAGCGGAAAAACCUGGGUAAAUUGAAAUAAAGUUUUCAAACCUCCACGAACCAAAA